UGAUGCAUUCACCGUCAUGUCACAUCGAUUUGUAGUUUUAUCUUCGAUGUCAUCGCUGUUCGGUUUCUGUGUUUAAAUAAUAUCUGCUGUCCACACAAUUUUUAUGUUUAUUCCUAAUUAAAGCCUACGUGUGAAAAUAUGAUUUUGAAGUCAUGUUAUCGCAUACAUUUUAGUCCGGUUACAAAACACUUAAUGUUUUACGUAAAGGAGGAUGCGCUGUUACGUCAGCGUCAGUUUGACAAGCAUGAGGCGCAUACUCCGUGCGAAUUUGUUGAGGCAGAUCAGUUUAUUUGGUAGAAAUCCUCCGUCUCAUGCCUCUGUUACAGCGGGUCAACAACGCGUCUGUGCACUGAGUUUCUGCAGGAAAUCAUCGAGUGACCGCACAAACAUGGACCUGAGUGACAUGAGGAAGAAGUACAAGGGAGAUGAAGAGUGCUUUGAGGAGAGCCAGCUUGUAUCUCUGGACCCAAUCAAACAAUUUGGGAACUGGUUCGAUGAAGCCACAAAGUGCCGUGAAAUCGGAGAGGCAAAUGCUAUGUGCAUCGCCACAGCCACCAAAGAUGGACGUCCGUCUGCUCGUAUGGUCCUUCUGAAAGGUUACAGCAGCGAGGGUUUCCGUUUCUUUACAAACUAUGAGAGCAGAAAGGGUUCAGAGCUGGAGAGCAAUCCAUAUGCAUGUCUGGUCUUCUACUGGGAACCCCUUAACAGACAGAUUCGCAUUGAGGGUACUGUGGAGCGAAUCCCUUUCCAGAGCUCCAGUGACUACUUCCACUCCCGACCAAAGAGCAGCCAGAUCGGGGCGGUCGUGAGCCGACAAAGCACUCCAGUUCCUAACCGAGAUUAUCUAAGGCAGAAAAAUGCAGAACUGGAGGAGAAGUACAAAGACACAGAUGUGCCUAUGCCUGACUACUGGGGCGGCUACAUGGUCAAGCCUUACCUGAUGGAGUUCUGGCAGGGUCAAACCAACAGACUUCACGACCGCAUCGUCUUCACCAGGCCGAAGGACGGAGAGUCUGAGCUGGGGGAGUUUCAGCACGCUGCAGAGGGAGGCUGGGUGUACCAGCGCCUGUCCCCAUGAGAAACACCUCAGCAGACACAGGAAAAAAAACCUCCCCAUCUUCACCCCACUGGAAGUAACCGCUCAUCUCUCAGUACUGAUGGAAACCAUUCAAUGUUGAUUAAAUAGGUGCUGCUGUGUGUAGGAUUUAUUAACAAGCCAAACGUCAUUGUGUCGCCUUGUUUUUCUUGAUCUCAUUUUACAUUUUAACAGUGGUGUGAAACAACCUGACUGCACUGUACAACUUUACAUUUUCCACGUAUUAUGAAAUGAAAAGACGCUGUGUGGUUUACAGAAAGAGAGCAAACUCCACCAAGUUCUAUCAAAUAAUGAUUGACAGUAAUGUUGGUUAUUCUGCAGUGUUGUUUGUUAACCUUUGGAUGUGUCUUAUUUCUUGAAAAGCACAAUCUGUACUUGUCUGAUGCAACUUUCUGUGGUCCAUUUUACACUUUACAGGUCUGUACUUUCCAAGAAAGUUUAGUAAAACUAUAGUGACUUUGUAAUAGUUACAGGGAAAAUGGAGAGAAAGUUCUGAGACAGUUGUUUGAGUUUGCUUGUUUGUGUUGAGUUUAUAAGCAGGUCUUGAUUCCUAUGGAAAUUGAUUAAUUUAAACCCAAAUAAAUACAAUUCCAACAAAAACGGAAUUUUAUGAACUCUGUAAAGGAAGAAUUUCAUUGUACAGGUGUGCCUAAUAAAGGGGCCACUGAGUGAAUUUAA